ACUUGACUGCAAUCAGCUGGAAGCCAUAUGGUAUAUAGCUUUCGAUCCGUCUAAAAAGAAGAAGCUCAAAAAUUGCCAGAAAAUAUUUGUAUGUGCUGCGUCCGUUUGUGUUUUAUAUUGUUUACUGACUUGAUAAGACGAUUAAACUGAGCAAUGGAUAAAUAAUGCGGAGGCCAUUUUAGGGGUCCGAGACAACGGCGAAGAAAGGAGAAAGAAAGGCCCGCUGCCCCAAAACAAAUUAGCAUAAUCAAGGCGCCUGCCCAAUGGCUGACCAUUGAGAGAUAUAUCUACCGAAAAAUACACGCACUUUUGUCCGCGAUCAUUAACGCGAUCACAUGCAAAUGAGGCGACAUCAGUCAAGCGGCCGAAAGCGAAAUGUGCAUCAUCAGCUCGAUAAGUUCGGACUAGCGAUUGCAUAAUAGGGCUAACACAUCAAACAGCAACCAAACAACCACAAAAGACCUCAUUUCGGAAAUCGCAAAACUCCGAGCCCCGAACACGCCGAAGAUAGAGCCAAAGUUUUGCAUGAAGUAUACGCAACGUGGCCGCUAUAAUGGAUCUAAUGGAGCUGCUGCAUCAGCUGCUCCUCCACAUACUCGACAUUUUUAAGAUAUACCUCAAGUUUGCACUGAUCACGCUGGUCAUCUACUUCCUGGCCGAGUGGUACAUACUGCGAUAUGGAGCGGAGUUGGAGGCCGAACUGGAUGCCCAUCUGGUGGAAGGCGCCGAGCUGAGAGAGGAAUCCCCCGAUAGACCCGAAUCGAAUAGCACGCUGAGCAAGGUGUUUCGCUUCGUGGUGAACUUUUUCAUCCUCUAAGCGACUGGAGUGAACCCACCUGUCAAGGUCAAUCUCACAGCUGAAUCGCUGGCUGGUUCGCGGAAUUGCAAUUCAAUUCAGGCAGCCACAAUCCAAGGCUCCCGUCAAGAGAAUGUAAAAUCGAACCAGUUGCAUUUAACAACGGAAAAUACAAAACAAAACUAAGGAAAAAUAAAAGCAAAAGCUGCAGGGUAAACACAAUCUUUAUAUGUAGUAAACAAUAACAAUAAGGAGCUGUAAAAACAA